AUAAGAGGUUUCAGUUUAACCUUUGUCAGUGUCUCAAACAGCUACUAGGAGUGGUAGUAGCAGUGGCACACACUCAUUCACACAUAAAAACAAAUCACCUCAUUUCAACUCCUUCUCUCUCUCUCUCUCUCUAUAAGUGUGUACGCGUCUUUGAGCUAGGUGUCUUGUUUCAGGUGAUAUUCUCUGAACUGAGGAAGAAAAGGGAGGUCUUUGGUAUAUCCACGACAUUAUUAUCUUCUUUAUCUCUUCCAUUAUUAUCUUUGUUGCCAAAUGCAAUGUUCUUUUGCAACACCGACACUACUUGCUUCACCUCCAAGCUUGACCACUUUCUCUGCACUCUUCACCUUCGUUGCCCCUCAGAAGAAAAGCAAGCAACAGUAUUUUUCAGGCUGCAAUCUCUCUCAAAGAUAAGAAGGUGGUGGAUUGGUCCAAUGGCUGGAGCUCAGAAAAUUGAUGAUAGUUGUCAAAUCUGAAAUAAUUUUCAGCGAACUAUCUGUCAGCAUGAGUAGGAAGCUUUAUGACCAGUUAAAGUCAGAGAAGUUUUCUUUGUCAUAUGCUGAUCAUUCUCGUGAAAUUAAAAGAAGUGAGGAAGACAGCACUUUAAAAUCUUAUCGGAAUCAGCACAAGCAUGGGAAUUAUGGCAGAGAAAAUGAAGAAGAUGAGUUGGUUAAGUACAUGUCAAAGUUGCCAUGUUAUUUGGAGAGGGGGAAACCAAAUCGUGAGAAAGUUUUAAAUGUGGGGGUUCUUGAUUGGGGGCGUCUAGAACAAUGGCAAUACUGUCAUAAACAUGUGUCACAUAAAAGUGGCAGGAAUUCUACAUCAUCUUCUGUUUCGACAGAUGAGUUACCUGGUAAUGCUAGCAGAGGUCGUAGUUGUUAUCCUUCUGAUCAAAGAAUAUUCCAUACAUCACUGCAAUCUCAUUUGAUGGCAUCUCCAAUGCAAGGCCACUCCCAAGCCUUCAAAUCCUCGAGAGAGAGUGUUGCCAAUUGUCAGAAUUUCAGAGGUAGCCAUGGUAAUAUUGACACACAGAGCAAAUAUGUUAGACCAGACGAUCAUCUUUCCCCUAAGCAGCCUAAGAGUAAACUGAAAAGAAGUGACAGGAAAUACUUGGACCCAUAUGUUGAUAAGGAAAGUGGCAUCUUUCCAAAUGAUCAAAUGCAUGGGACUGCAUCAUGUGCUAGGCUGGGAAUUUUCACUCAAAAUGGUGCAUUGGGAAAAAGAGUGGAGACUUUGAAAGAACCAAAUAUUGGUUCUGUUGUGCACGUAACACCCAGGAAAAGCAAGCCAGAUGUUUAUUUUCCUAGAGACCACCCUCGGAAUACUCAUUGUGGAGUUCCUCAUACCCCUACUCUUAAAGACCACCCUCGAAAUAGUCAUUGUGGAGUUCCUCCUUCCCGAACAUCUUUAGUUCAGACAGCAGAAAAUUAUAGUCGAAUGAGUUUUACAGAAAAGCCUAAGGAACUAUGUCCUAGAGACAUCCAUUAUGAUAUUUCACACUCCUCUCUUCCUCUAGAUGAACUCAGCUGUGAUCAUUCUCAGCGUAAAGAGUCAGGGUGCAGUUCUAUGGAUCUGGAAAGCAUCAAACUUCCUGCUUCUACUUUUUCAUCACCCAUGUCUACUUUAUCAUCACCUCUAUCAGUCAAAAUGGGAGUAAGCCCAUCCAGAUGUAGAAAAGAUGAGGAAAGGAAACAAGCCAUUGCCAAAAAUUCAUCUGCAAAUGGCCCACUCCUUGUAUUAGACCAGAAAGUAACAUCUGAAAAGUCAAGAAGCUCUUCACCUUUUCAUCGAUUAAGCUUCAGCAUUGGCUAUUCAAGCAAAGGCUCUUCUAGUAAAGAGGUUGAGCAUUUGCCUCAUCAGAAUUCUGUAGCAGCACUUAAAUCUAGUUCAGAAAAUGUGAGAGGUUAUGCUUACUCAAGCAAUGAUAAACUGAGUGACACAGGCAGAAGCAGAUCAAGCCCGUUAAGGAGGUUACUGGAUCCAUUGCUGAAAUCAAAGACAGCAAAGAGUCGUCACUCCUUGGAGUUAUCUCAAAAGGAUUCAGUGCUACUGAAGGAUUAUAGGCCAGCCAAUGGGAAAUUAUCAACUCUACAGCCAGACAAAGAAGUGGACAAGGGACAUAGGGUUGGUUGCAGCCAAGUUAACACCAUUGAUUCAUUAAAGGAAAAGAAGUGCGUCCCAUCAAUGACUCAAGCUCUGCUGAGAAUUGCUGUGAGGAAUGGCAUGCCCUUUUUCACAUUUGCUGUUGACCACACUGAUAGCAACAUUCUUGCAGCCACAGUGAAGAACUUAGGUGCCUUGGAAAAAGAUGAAUGCAACUGUAUCUAUACUUUUUUCACCUUCAAAGAGGUUAAGAAGAAGAAUGGAAGUUGGAUGAAUCAAGCAGGCAGGAGCAGAAGCAAAGGUCCUGAUUACAUUCCCCAUGUUGUUGCCCAAAUGAAGGUUUCUGAUUCACACAACUACGAUUUAACCAGCCGGAACUGCAUGGACUCCUCUACUGUGAAAGAGUUUGUUUUGUUUUCCCUAAAGCUAGAGCAGGAUGAUGCUCAAAGGAAUGACUAUCAACUGAACGAUGAACUUGCUGCUAUUGUUGUCAAAAUUCCUAAAGCUAUUAAUUUCAUCAAUGAUCAGCAUCAGAGCAGUUGCCAAAGUGAUGGUCAAGACCAUCUCCAAGCAACUGUUGUUCUCCCAGGUGGGAUUCAUAGUCUUCCAAGUAAAGGUGGACCAUCGUCGCUGAUCCAGCGCUGGAAAUCAGGUGGAUCAUGUGACUGCGGUGGUUGGGAUUUAGCUUGCAAACUGAAAAUUCUUGCAAGUGAAAAUCAAGCCUGUAGAAAACCAAAAUCAUCCAAAGCUUAUUUUGUGGAUCAACUUGAUCUUUUUGUCCAGGGGAAUGAACAAGAGCUGCCACCAGCAUUCACUUUUACGCACUUUAAGCAUGGAAUAUACUCAAUAGCCUUUGAUUCUUCACUCUCACUAUUGCAAGCAUUCUCCAUUUGCAUAGCGUUAGUAGAGAGCAAGAUGUCUUAUGAGCUUUCUGGAUCAAGAAACUCCAUUGAAGGAAAAAACACAAGGGAAACACUAUUGGUUCAAAGUGAGGAUCUAAAGGCUUUUGGUAAAUUGGAGGAUAUUCCAGCCAGUUAUGUUUCUUAUCCACCUCUCUCUCCUGUAGGUAGGGCCUGAAAUGAACAUGUAAUGGGGACUUGUCACAGGGAUUAGCAACUGUUACUCAUAUCAGAUGCAUAUUGGUAAGUCCCUUAUAAAUUCACCACACAAUCAUCAUGGCAACCUGGAGUAUAAGAUUGGAGUAGGAUCUUAGUACAUUUUUGCGUUUUUAAAUUUUUGUUUUUUCAACAAAAGUUAGUAUUCGUAUUCAAAAUGUACCAUGUGAUAAACCCUCAUUCUCAAAUAUCUAUUAAUUGAAGUGUGAAUAGUAAGAGUCAGUUGUAUUUUGUUUUCUGGUCAAGCUUAGAGAGUUGUCUUGACACUUGUUUGAGCAUUGUAUAAAAACAUGCAUUUAGACUGGACAAUUAAAUUCCACCUGCAUGGACAUCGGAUACAAUUGCACAAAGAAAUCCUCAAGAUU